AUGAGUGACAUUUCAGAAUUGCUCGGAUCGCUCGUUACAGAAUCCUCUCAGUUGGUUUCUCAAUCACAGUCGGAUCAAGCCGUCCAACUUCUUAAAGCCCAAUUCGAGACCUUGCAAUCACACCCAGUUUACCUACAGAGUCUAGGAGAAGCACUAUUGGAAAAUGGAAAUUUAGAAGAAGCACAGGAUGUUCUUACACGUGCAUGUGAACUAGAUCCUCAGGCUUCUCAGGGAGUGGAGAAAUUUCUAUAUUUGGGAGAAAUUAUGGGGGCUAAAGAAGGUAUAGAGUUGUUACAGACUGGUCUGAAUAAAUUGCUCAGUCAGAUGGAUAUCUUAAAGAAACAAGGAAUAUCGGAUCGAUCGCAGGAGUUUGAUGACUCUUUCAACCUUUUAAUUUCUGCGUAUGGUAACGAGAAAGGAAUUAAAGAGUACUUAUUGAAAAAGAUGGACCAAGGUAUAUUUGCCAUGAUUGAGAUCUGGAUGACUGAUCUCUGUGAUGAGCUUGAGGCAGAACAGCAGUGCGAGCAGUUGAUUGAUCAGGCACUCGUUCUAGACCCUGAAAAUCCCGAGGCAUGGUCUCUGCUUGCCAGUAUAAGGAUAUCUCAGAUGAGAAAUGAUGAUGCGAUUAAGGCUAUUACCAAAGCAUGGGAAUUGUUUUCCAAGAGGAAGACGUUAUUGGAGGAUAUAUCUAAUAUUAAGAAUGAAUCAAUUGAUGUUAGCGAUGCUCAAAUGGAAUAUCUAGAAUUAGUCGAGCCUAUUGUCACAUUGGCCAAAUAUUCCAUGGAGAUGGGGUUGUUUGAAGAAUCUAUUGGUAUAGCAUCUUCCGUUCAGGACAUCAACGAGAGAUCCGUGGAAAGUUAUUAUUUGGAGGCAUUUGCCAACUAUUUGAACGCUAAAAGAAUUCAAAACAGACUGAGUCCGCAGGACGGUUAUAAGGUUUCGCAAGACUUUGCAAAAUAUCCACUUAAAACGAAUAUCGAUGAGAGCGAUGAUAGCUUUGUGUACUUGAAAGAGGCCAGAAGAGCGCUUACAAGCGGGUUCAAGCUACUACAGAUUGAUGAAGUAGCAGAAGAGACAGACGACGAGUUGAAAAAGACCAUUCACUCACUUCUCAAGCAGCUUGGAGGUCCAUUACUAAAGGAGAAGGAUGAUUCAGGAGUUGAUGAAACGAACUGGGAGGCUCAGAUCAUUUAG